CCCUGCUUAAAAAGGCACCAUUUCUGCUCUCUCGAUGUUCAUUGCUUGAAACCAAUUUGAUUCCGCUUUAUCUGUCUCUGCAAUUCUCCGUAAUCUCCAUAUCUCGCUUUGAGCUUUGAGCUUCUCGAGUCAGUUUCAUGGAAGACCAAAAGGAGAAAAAUGCUCCAUGGCUAUCAGUGCCACAAUUUGGGGACUGGGACCAGAAGGGACCAUUACCAGACUACUCACUGGACUUCUCCAAAAUCAGGGAAAUGAGGAAACAGAACAAGAGAGAUGUGUCAAGAGUCAGUCUUGGGAAUGAAGAAGAGCUCAUUUCAAAGCCUACCUCCACUGAAACCACUACCCAAAUUGAUCAUCUCCACCAUUACAAUCAGAAUCACCACUCCCCCACUACAAGGAGGAGCUUUCUCAGCUACUUCAACUGUUUUGUGAAAGCCUGAUGUUGAAGCAUGUGCAUCCAUUCAGAUGUUUUUCAAAGUCAUAUGUAUGUAAUGGUGUUUGUAUUGAGAUUUGAGAGAGGGCCUGUUCUUCCCCGUUUUGUUUUUGUCGCCCGCAUGCAUGCAUGCAUUCUCUUAUAUUUAUCUAUCUAUGCCUUUCUCCUCCAGUACUUCCUGCAAAUCUCUGUACUGCAGGAUUUUAACGUAAUACCCAAAUAGACAUUUUGAUGGAA